AUGACGAAAUGCACCAGUUGCUUACGCAACUUCCACGGCAGCUCUGAAAUUUGUGUGGAGAUCCGCAGUUUUCCACGUCUACUACCGCCACCGGCUAGCCACCUCUCCGGGGGUGGUGAAAAGAGGAGCCGAGCGCGUAAGCCUCCUCUGCUGGUACACAGCCUCUCCAUUGCCAAGACCUGUACACGCCUCCUCGUGGCCACGCACGGUAACUGGUACCUUGCGGUUCCAGGCAAAGCUGUAUGGGAUCUCGGAGUAGCAGGGGGCCCCAGAGACGCGGCAUGCAGGCCCGCUCUAGUGUGGACACGCCCUGCUGCCCGUCAACCCCUGCCCCAGCUAUGGGUAAAUAGCAAAGACCUCAACGGCGGACCAGGCGGAGGAUGGCAGCAGCAGGAUGUACCACAACGGCUGGGAAGGCGGAUGAAGGCUGCAGCAGAGGGUGAUCUCCAGUCGUCUUGGAUCUCCAUGCCACUGGAUCUAGAGGGAUCACUACCAUGCGGUCGGAAAACAAAUAAAAACAAACCAACCAAACAAAACUUUCACUUUGGAACCUGGAAUGUGCGAACCCUCACAGACAACAAAGCCAGUGAACGGCCUGAAAGACGAACAGCCAUCAUCUCCCGGGAACUAAAAAGAUUCCAAAUUGACAUCGCAGCUCUCUCUGAAACCCGCCUGGCUGAUGAAGGACAGCUGAAGGAGGAAAAAGGGGGCUAUACUUUCUUCUGGAAAGGAAAACCUGCCGAACAGCCGCGAAUCCACGGUGUGGGCUUCGCCAUUAAGAACAACCUCGUCAACCAGCUCCACGAACUUCCUGUAGGCAUCAGCGAACGCCUAAUGACCUUACGCCUGAUGCUUUCUAACAGUCAGAUGGCCACUGUUAUUAGCGCUUAUGCUCCAACACUUGAUGCGCAGCAGGAUGUAAAGGAAGCCUUUUAUGCUGACCUGGACACAAUUCUAUCCAAAGUCCCCAAGGAAGACAAACUAAUCCUUCUUGGAGACUUUAAUGCCAGAGUCGGGCAAAACCAUGAUCUAUGGAGAGGCACACUGGGGAGAGAAGGGACUGGAAACACUAAUUCCAAUGGCUUAAUGCUGUUAACUAAGUGCUCAGAAUAUGACCUGGUCAUCACCAACACUCUUUUUCGUCAAAAGAAAAAGUUCAAAACAUCUUGGAUGCAUCCCCGCUCGAAAUGCUGGCAUCUCAUCGACUAUAUCAUUGUCCGCUCCCAGGACCGUAGAGAUGUACUCAUCACAAAAGCAAUGACUGGUGCAGAUGAAUGCUGGACUGACCAUCGCCUCAUUCGCUCAACCAUGUCUAUCCGUCUGAUGCGGAAAAUGAGGCACCAAAAAGGACAACCUCGACGGCGGUUCAACGUCGAGCGACUGGGAGAAACAGCAUAUCAGCAACAGCUGCAGGCAGCCAUGAGUGCAGACUUGCCUGACCAGUACCCAGAGGAUAUUGAAAAACAUUGGGAUACUCUCUCUUCCACCAUCAUAAACUCCUGCAAAACCACCCUUGGCCACAAGAUGAGAAAGCAUCAAGACUGGUAUGAUGAGAAUGACACAGAAAUCCAGCACCUUAUCAACAUCAAGCGGAAAACUUUCACAACAUGGCAAAAUGACAUCAACUGCAAUGUUAAAAGAGAAGCCCAUGCUAAAGCGAAAGCAGCUGUUCAAUCAAGGGUCAGGGUACUCAAGAACCAAUGGUGGACACAAAAGGCCCUGGAAAUCCAACAGCUUGCUGACACUGGGGACACCAGAGGCUUUUUUGAAGCCACAAGAGCUGUAUAUGGACCCAGCCAUCGUUGCCUGACCCCCCUUCGCUCUAAGGAUGGACUCUAUCUGAUGAAGGAUAAAGAGGCUAUAACACACAGGUGGAAGGAGCACUAUGAAGAGCUUCUGAACAGGGACACUACCCCUGACUUUGAAGCACUGGACCAACUUCCUCAACUGCCCAUCUUUGAAAGUAUGGCAGAACCACCCAGUUUGAGUGAGGUACGGGAUGCCAUCAGGAAGAUGAAGAACAACAAGUCUCCUGGGGCUGAUGGUAUACCAGCUGAGGUUCUGAAAGAAGGCGGGCCUGUCCUUCUUGAACACAUCCACACCCUGCUUGUCAAAAUAUGGAAAAAAGAGGAAAUACCAGCACAAUUGAGGGAUGCCCUAGUGAUCUCCCUUUUCAAGAAGGGUGACAAGACUGAAUGCGGUAACUAUCGAGGCAUUUCCCUCCUCUCCACGGUAGGGAAGGCUUUAGCCAGGGUGUUGGCCAAUAGACUCGCCCCCCUGUCAGAAAACACUCUUCCUGAGUCACAAAGCGGAUUCCGUCCAAACAGAAGCACCAUGGACAUGAUCUUUGUAGCUCGCCAGCUGCAGGAGAAGUGCAGAGAACAAAAUCAACCUCUAUACAUGGCCUUCAUAGACCUCACUAAAGCCUUCGAUUCUGUUAACCGCCAAGCCUUAUGGCAGGUCCUGGCAAAAAUUGGCUGCCCUGAUAAAUUCAUUCGAGUUUUGAGGCUGCUACAUGACAAUAUGUCUGCCACUGUACUGACUGGCUUUGGAGAUGAAACCGAACCAUUCAGAGUUGACACAGGAGUUAAACAGGGAUGUGUUAUUGCACCAUCACUGUUCUCCAUUUUCAUUGCCAGCAUCCUCCAUCUUACAGGGAAUCAGCUGCCACAGGGAGUCAAAAUUGUCUACAGGGCUGAGGAACUUCUGAACAUCAACCGAUUUAGGGCCAAAGGUCAAACCACCACCGUACCCAUCACAGAGCUGCAGUAUGCAGACGACAAUGCCAUUGUAGCCCUCUCAGAAGAUGACCUACAUCGUCAUGGCGUGGUGGACUGA